AAAGCCAUUUUGUUUUUCAGGGCUCUUUGCAAGGAGACUUGGAACGAAGUUGUAGCAAAGCAGCAGCUACAGUUGCACCGUUGUAUCUUCAGCUUCAGAAUGUUUCCCAUAGCCAGAACCGCUCUAAGUCGUCUCCGAGUUCAAAGCAUUCCACAAACAAUGGCAAGGCAGAGCCACCAGAAAAGGACACCUGAUUUCCAUGACAAAUAUGGUAAUGCUGUACUAGCUAGUGGAGCCACUUUCUGUAUUGCUGUAUGGGCAUAUACAGCAACACAAAUUGGAAUAGAGUGGAACCUGUCCCCUGUUGGCAGAGUCACCCCAAAGGAAUGGAGAGAUCAGUAAUCAUCCCAGUUGAUGUAAUACUGAAUUGUUUCAAAACCAACUCAUAAUUGAUGCCAAGUAAAAGCACUGUGCAUCCAUUAAAGUAUGGCAUGGUUGAAGAAAUAAAGUACAUUUGAAACCUUCGUUGUCGGUUUAUUUCUUUUAUAAUGAAACCAAGCUUGAUCACUUUUCAUUUAAUCUUAGUGUUACUAUUUAAGUGAGAUGCUUUAUAAUUUCUUAAAUAAUUUUUCUUUUUUAAAGAUUUUAUUUAUUU